AUGAUUGACUCAUUCCAUACUAGAAAGAAUCGCAGGAAAUCUUUUGAUAACACGGAUUCCUAUUUCUCAAUCGUAUCCCACGAUCAAGACAAUUGGCUGAAUCCCGUGAAACCAUUUCAGAGAAGUUCAUUGAUAUCUUCUUUUUCUAAAGCAAAUCGACUUCGAUUCUUGAAUAAUCCACAUCACUUCUGCUUCUAUUGUAACAAAAGAUUCCCUUUUUAUGUGGAAAAGGCCCGUCUCAAUAAUUCUGAUUUUACGUAUGGACAAUUCCUCACUAUCUUGUUCAUUCACAACAAAAUAUUUUCUUCGUGUGGUGGUAAAAAAAAACAUGCUUUUUUGGAGAGAGAUACUAUUUCACCUUCGUCAAUCGAGUCACAGGUAUCUAACAUAUUCAUAUCUAACGAUUUUCCACAAAGUGGUGACGAAAGGUAUAACUUGUACAAAUCUUUCCAUUUUCCAAUUCGAUCCGAUCCAUUAGUUCGUAGAGCUAUUUACUCGAUUGCAGACAUUUCUGGAACACCUCUAAUAGAGGGACAAAGAGUAAAUUUGGAAAGAACGUAUUGUCAAACUCUUUCAGAUAUGAAUCUAUCCGAUUCAGAAGAGAAGAGCUUGCAUCAGUAUCUCAAUUUCAAUUCAAACGUGGGUUUGAUUCACACUCCAUGUUCUGAGAAAUAUUUACAGAGGAAAAAACGGAGUCUUUGCCUAAAAAAAUGCGUUGACAAAGGGCAGAUGGAUAGAACCUUUCAACGAGAUAGUGCUUUUUCAACUCUCUCAAAAUGGAAUCUAUUCCAAACAUAUAUGCCAUGGUUCUUUACUUCGACAGGGUACAAAUAUCUAAAUUUGAUAUUUUUAGAUAUUUUUUCAGACCUAUUGCGGAUACUAAGUAGCAGUCAAAAAUUUGUAUCCAUUUUUCAUGAUAUUAUGUAUGGAUUAGAUAUAUCAUGGCGAAUUCUUCAGAAAAAAUUGUGUCUUCCACAAAGGAAUCUGAUAAGUGAGAUUUCGAGUAAGUCUUUACAUAAUCUUCUUCUGUCCGAAGAAAUGAUUCAUCGAAAUAAUGAGUCAUCGUUGAUAUCGACACAUCUGAGAUCGCCAAAUGUUCGUGAGGUCCUCUAUUCAAUCCUUUUCCUUCUUCUUGUUGCUGGAUAUAUCGUUCGUACACAUCUUCUCUUUGUUUCCCGAGCCUAUAGUGAGUUACAGACAGAGUUCGAAAAGAUCAAAUCUUUGAUGAUUCCAUCAUACAUGAUUGAGUUGCGAAAACUUCUGGAUAGGUAUCCUACAUCUGAACAGAAUUCUUUCUGGUUAAAGAAUCUUUUUCUAGUUGCUCUGGAACAAUUAGGAGAUUGUCUAGAAGAAAUACGGGGUUCUGGCGGCAACAUGCUAUGGGGUGGUGAUCCCGCUUAUGGGGUCAAAUCAAUACGUUCUAAGAAGACAGAUUUGAAAAUAAACUUCAUCGAUAUCAUCGAUCUCAUAAGUAUCAUACCAAAUCCCAUCAAUCGAAUCACUUUUUCGAGAAAUACGAGACAUCUAAGUCAUACAAGUAAAGACAUCUAUUCAUUGAUAAGAAAAAGAAAAAACGUGAGCGGUGAUUGGAUUGAUGAUAAAAUAGAAUCCUGGGUCGCGAACAGUGAUUCGAUUGAUGAUAAAGAAAGAGAAUUCUUGGUUCAGUUCUCCACCUUAAGGGCAGAAAAAAGGAUUGAUCAAAUUCUAUUGAGUCUGACUCAUAGUGAUCAUUUAUCAAAGAAUGACUCUGGUUAUCAAAUGAUUGAACAACCGGGAACAAUUUACUUACGAUACUUAGUUGACAUUCAUAAAAAGUAUCUAAUGAAUUAUGAGUUCAAUACAUCCUGUUUAGCAGAAAGACGGAUAUUCCUUGCUCAUUAUCAGACAAUCACUUAUUCACAAACUUCGUGUGGGGCUAAUAGUUUUCAUUUCCCGUCUCAUGGAAAACCCUUUUCGCUCCGCUUAGCCCUAUCCCCCUCUAGGAGUAUUUUAGUGAUAGGUUCUAUAGGAACCGGACGAUCCUAUUUGGUCAAAUACCUAGCGACAAACUCCUAUGUUCCUUUCAUUACAGUAUGUCUGAACAAGUUCCUGGAUAACAAGCCGAAAGGUUUUUUUCUUGAUGAUAUCGAUAUUGAUGAUAGUGACGAUAUUGAUGCUAGUAACGAUAUUGAUCGUGAACUUGAUACGGAGCUGGAGCUUCUAACUAUGAUGAAUGCGCUAACUAUGGAUAUGAUGUCGGAAAUAGACCGAUUUUAUAUCACCCUUCAAUUCGAAUUAGCAAAAGCAAUGUCUCCUUGCAUAAUAUGGAUUCCAAACAUUCAUGAUCUUGAUGUGAAUGAGUCGAAUUACUUAGCCCUCGGUCUCUUGGUGAACUCUCUCUCCAGGGAUUGUGAAAGAUGUUCGACUAGAAAUAGUCUUGUUAUUGCUUCGACUCAUAUUCCCCAAAAAGUGGAUCCCGCUCUAAUAGCCCCGAAUAAAUUAAAUACAUGCAUUAAAAUAAGAAGGCUUCUUAUUCCACAACAACGAAAGCACUUUUUCACUCUUUCCUAUACUAGGGGAUUUCACUUGGAAAAGAAAAUGUUCCAUACUAAUGGAUUCGAGUCCAUAACCAUGGGUUCCAGUGCACGAGAUCUUGUAGCACUUACCAAUGAGGCCUUAUCAAUUAGUAUUACACAGAAGAAAUCAAUUAUAGACACUAAUACAAUUAGAUCUGCUCUUCAUAGACAAACUUGGGAUUUGCGAUCCCAGGUAAGAUCGGUUCAGGAUCAUGGGAUCCUUUUCUAUCAGAUAGGAAGGGUUGUUGCACAAAAUGUACUUAUAAGUAAUUGCCCCAUAGAUCCUAUAUCUAUCUAUAUGAAGAAGAAAUCAUGUAACGAAGGGGAUUCUUAUUUGUACAAAUGGUACUUCGAACUUGGAACGAGCAUGAAGAAAUUCACGAUACUUCUUUAUCUUUUGAGUUGUUCUGCCGGAUCGGUCGCUCAAGACCUUUGGUCUCUACCCGGACCCGAUGAAAAAAAUAGGAUCACUUCUUAUGGAUUCAUUGAGAAUGAUUCGUCAUGUCAUAUAGGCCCGAGUCGGACAUCUAAUUGCUUAGAUUUGAAUUAUCCUUAUCCGGAGGAUGCCUUAUAUAUAUAUUAA